AUCUAUCUAUAAUCUAUGGUUGGAAAUCUAUCGGCAAUUCCAUCUACAUUCCCUAUUGAUAGUCCAACAACCUAAUAGAUUUAUAGUUUCUUCAACUCAUUAAGCAUUCUGCUCUCUUUUCACCAAAAAAAAAGAAAAAGGGAUUCUGCUCUCUGUCUCAACUCUUAACUCUCUUUGAGUAGAAAUCCAUGGCUGAAUUUCUUACUUUUGUUGCCGAGGAAAUGCUGAUCAAAGUGGCUUCACUUGCCACUCAAGAUUUUAGUCUUGUAUGGGGUUUCGAUGGUGAACUAACAAACUUGCGUGAGUCGCUAAACAUGCUUGUAGCUGUGCUGCGAGAUGCUGAACAUCCGCGACAAGAUCAGGGCGAGGCUGUGAAGCGCUGGUUGGAGAAGCUUGAAGAAAUAGCUCAUCUUGCCGAUGAUGUUUUGGAUGACUAUGGAUAUGAGCUUCUUCGGCGUAAGGUGGAACUGCGAAACCAGAUGAAGAAAAAGGUGCUAAACUUUUUUUCCCUCUCUAAUCCCAUCCUUUUUCGUGUUAAAAUGGCACAUAAAAUUAAGAAAAUCAACACAUCUUUGGAGGAUUUGGGUAAAAGGGCAAGUGGUUUUGGGUUUGUUGUUGCUAGGCAUUCCUUAGAGGCAACAAUCUCCCAUGAAAGAAAAAUUGAUAGGGAAACCUACUCUGACUUCAAAAAAGAUGAAAACAAUAUCAUUGGAAGAAAAGAUGUUGUGGAAGAUAUAGUGAGUGCCUUGACUAACUCAAACAACAAUCAAGAAAAUGAUCUUUCAGUUCUGGCCAUUGUGGGAAUGGGAGGACUUGGGAAGACCACUUUGGCUAAACAAGUAUAUCAUGAUGGUAAGAUAGAGCAGCACUUCCAAGAAAAGAUGUGGGUUUGUGUGUCUACCUCUUUUGAAGUCAACUCGAUUUUAAGGGGGAUCUUGGAGUCUAUUAAACCUGAACAUGCUGCAGUACAAGCUAUAGAUGCAAUGUGUAGGAUCCUCAAAAAGGAGUUGAAAGAUAAAAGAUAUCUUCUUGUGCUUGAUGAUGUUUGGAACGAAGAUGCUGGAAAAUGGGAAGAAUUGAUUGGUUGUUUGGUAAAUAUCAAUGAUAGGCAAGGAAGCACCAUCCUUGUCACUACCCGCAGCGACAAAGUUACAAAAAUGGUGGAGACCCUUCCUAGGCGUGAUUUAAAAAAACUAUCGGAUGAUGAAUGUUGGCUCAUAUUGAAGGACAGAGCAAUUCCAGUUGGGAGUGCUCCUAUAGUUGAAGAUCAAGAGAAAAUUGGAAGGGAGAUUGCUAAAAAGUGUGGAGGUGUACCAUUAGUAGCAAAGGUGUUGGGAAAUGUGAUGCGCUCUAAAAAGUGUGAUGAAUGGCAAUCAAUUGUGGAUAGUGGUAUAUGGAAUUUACCGGAGGAAGGGAAUAGAAUAUUGACGAUUUUGAAAUUGAGUUUUGAUGAAUUGAAAUUUCCAUCGUUGAAACAAUGUUUUGCAUACUGCUCCAUGUUCAUCAAAGAUUUUGAAUUUGAAAAGGACGACUUGAUCCAACAUUGGAUGGCUCAAGGAUGGCUUCACCUUUCUCCUAACCAAGAUAAUCUAGAGAUGGAGGAUACAGGUAAUGAAUAUUUUAAUAUUCUAUUACAUCACUCAUUUUUUCAAGAUGUGAAAAUGGACUCCUUUGGUAAUAUAGCCUAUUGUAAGAUGCAUGAUCUUGUUCAUGAUCUUGCUGAACGUGUUUCAAAGUCGAAGUACUUGCGCUCCUUAUUUUCAAAUGGAGCAGUCCUUGACAACAACUCACCCGGAUUUAAAGUUUUACGUGUUUUAAAUUUAUACAAGGCAGACAUUCAAGAGUUGUCAGAUUCAAUUGGAAAGUUGAAACACUUGAGGUAUCUGAAUGUCAUGAAAACAAAAAUAAUAGCUUUUCCAAAAUCUUUGGGACAACUUUAUAACCUUCAGACAUUUAAAAUGCCUCAUGUCCUUGAAGAGUUCCCAAAGGAAAUUGCAAAUUUGAUCAACUUGAGACAUGUUUAUUUUGAUAAAAAUGUAAAAGUUCCAGCUGGGGUAUUCGAAAGAUUGACUAAUCUCCGAUCAUUACCUUUUGUAAAGAUGGGUAAGGAGACUGGUCCUCAUAUUGGGGAAUUAGGUGGCUUAAACCAUUUGAAAGGUACCUUAUCUCUUUAUAAUAUGGAACAUGUAAGAGAUAAAAAAGAAGCAGAGAAAGCAAAUUUAGUGGAGAAGAAACAUCUGAGCAAGUUAUUCUUUAGAUGGACGCCUAGUAGGCCAAGCAACAGUGCUGACAGUGACGAAGUUGUACUUGAAGCCCUGCAACCACAUUCUAAUUUGGAAUUUUUGGAGAUUCAUGGCUUCAUGGGUGUUAAAUUGCCAUCAUGGUUAUUGCUAUCCAACAAUUUAAAAGAGAUUGAAUUAGAGAGAUGCAAUAAAUGCGAAGGAGUCCCAGCACUUGGCCAGCUGCCCAAUCUUGUACAUGUGAAGAUGAAAAUCAUGCGGAAUCUGAAGUGUUUGGGAUAUGAGUUUUAUGGUUAUGAUGAUGAUAUAAAGGUUUUGUUUCCCGCAUUGAAAACAUUAUAUAUUCAGGAGUUGAGUAACCUAAUUGAUUGGAUGGAAGUGCCAACAGGAAGAGUACUGACGGUGUUUCCUUGCCUUGAGGAGUUGACCCUGAUCUACUGCGACCAAUUGAGAAGUGCUCCCAGCCAUUUUCCAUCUCUGAAAAAGUUGGCGAUUCAAGGCAUGAAUAGCGGAGGCAUUCCAAUAGCAAGUAUUCUAAGCAAUAAACUGACGACUCUCACUUCUCUCGAGAUUGGCCAAGUGAGGGGACUUGCUUGUCUGCCGGAAAGGUUGUUAGAAAACAAUCAGAAUCUUUCAUAUUUGAGUAUAGACUAUUGUGAGGAGUUAACUUGUAUUGCUACUCCCCAAUCACAAGGGUUUGAGUACUGCUGCGCGUCUCUUCAGGAACUGAGGAUUAUUGGGUGUCCUAAGCUGAGGUGUUUACCUGAUUAUGGGCUAUUACACCCACUCUCUCUUGAGAAGUUACAUAUAAUAGAUUGCUCCAGUCUUGAGUCCAUCCCUGAGCACGGUGGUCUCCCAUCUCUUCGGGAAUUGGCCAUCUAUAGAUGCCCUCAGUUAUCCAGUCUACCUGAUGGGCUACGAGACUGCGCAACUCUUCAAGAAUUGGAAAUACGGAGCUGCCCAAAGAUAACGUCCAUUCCAAUUCCAUCUGAGGGCCUCCCAUCCCUUGGUCGACUGCGGCUUUUGGAGUGUCCUGAGUUAUCAAGCCUACCGAGUGGACUAGGCUGCUGCACCUCUCUUGUUGAUUUGGGAGUAGAAGAGUGCCCUAAGGUAACAUCCAUUCCAAUUGGCAGUCUCAGUACAACCCUCCAACGCUUGUGUGUAUGUAAUCUUGUGUGUACAACCCUCCAACGCUUGUGGGAAUCAAGGGAUGUCCAAGUGCACAAAUUGAGCAGCAAUUUUGUGCCUUUCUUCAAAUCCUCGUCUCUCUUCAGGAGUUGAGAAUAAGAGAGUGUCCUAAUCUAGAGACUGUUCCAAGUUUAGACAAGCUCACAUCCCUCCGUGAGUUGACGAUUUAUGAUUGUUCCAGAUUAACAAGUCUACCCAGUGGGUUAGCAAUGGCAUCCCCACACGUAUUCACCCGUCUCAAGAAAUUGAGACUUGGUCCGUUUUGGAAUGAGCUGGAUUCAUUCCCUGCUUUUCAGGUUCUGCCACAACUUGAAGAUUUAGACUUGUACGGGUGGCCUAAGCUCAAGUCUCUGCCUGAACAAAUUCAACACUUUGACCAGUUUGUGGAUAUAUGACUUUGAGGGAGUGGAGGCUAUUCCAGAUUGGUUGGGAAGCCUUGCAUCUCUUCACUGGUUAAGUAUUUCCUGUUGCAAGAAUCUAAUGUAUCUACCUUCCGUCCAAGCUAUGCACCGCCUCACCAAAUUAGAUUCGCUACAGAUUCUCGGUUGUCCCCUUUUGAGUGAAAGAUGCAGAGAGGAGAGCGGCCCUGAGUGGCCUAAGAUUUCUCAUAUUCCAGACAUCAAUGUUAUAUGAGACAGGGGCUUGCACGGACCCUUUUUUUGUGACUCAUCAAGAAUAAGAGCUGCCUGCUGGUAGAGUCAAGUUGGAAUUGCUCAAAGUUUUGCAGUAAUAUGGGAGCAUCUGCAAUUCAAUAUCAUCUCUCUAUCAGCAUUGCAGGAUUGGGGUCCUAAGCGAAAUUGGAAAAGGUGGUUCGAUGCUUUGUGUUGUUGUUGAAAGUAUGAAGAGCCACUCCAAUUGCUACAGGAAGUGGUAAAAGCAAAGCAUGUAUCGGCCAUGAUAGAUUCAGUAAUGGCAGUUUGAGGGACUGUGAUGGGCACAAAUUAUUCGGAUAUCCAAAUUUUCAAAGUUUGUGUCUGCAGUUUUUGUAAAAGACCUUCAAGAGUCCUCCAUUCAACAGUUUACAUACUCAAAAGGUAUCAUACUAAGCAUCCCUUUUCAGUAUGAUAUCUUAACCUGAACUUGUCUGCAGACUCAAGCAUCCCUUUCAGUUUGUGUCUCCAAACUGUUGAAUGGAGGACUCUUGAAGGUCUGCCCAAGUUUUUUGUUCCUGUCUCCAUCAAUACCCAAGACUCAAGACAGCAUCGAAUAUGUGCAUGAACUGGUCCUUAUCUCCAAACAAGAGAAGUUGCAGAUGUUUUUUGCAAAUAUUAAGGUUUGUCUGAAAUUAAAUUAGUUAUGCACCUUAUGGAAGUCUUUUUCCCCCUUGUUUGCCGUCACUUUCUUUCAAUUAUGUGUUUUAGAAUCAACACACCCACAGAGAAGAAUGGUGUUCUUAAUUUCUUGUUGUCAUUUACUGUUUGGUGUAAAUACAAUAAAACUCCACAAGCAUUAAUAAGUGUAGGUAAAAGCUUUAUCUGAGACUAUGAGACUAUAUUUUCACCAUUUUGGUACCGCAGACUUACAAUGUGGAGCAUCUGACCAGUUCUGUUGUACUAUAGAGCAACUUUUAUCAUUCUACAAGUGUUUUUUCUUGGAGAUUUCUCUAGCCCGUUGGAUUUUCUUAGUUUGUAGGAAGAUGACAUUUUGGAAAAGAAUCAAUGGAGUUAGCGUUUGGAGAGAUAUUGGAAGCAUGUGGUUGAAAACAGACUUAGAAAUUGUGCUUCUCCUUUUUGUUUGCAUCAUACUCACCAGUUCCGGUUCCUUUUUUCAUGUCAUGAAAAUGGUUAACUGAGAGAGGUGAUUACAUGGACCAUUGAAGCUAUGUGACGCACCAGGAAUAAGAGGUGCUGGUGUAUGUCAAUAAGGAUAUAGGCAUUGAAAAAGGGAACAUCUACAAUCAUUUUGUAAGUGAUGCAAUUGGAGGAGCAACUGUUAUGAAAUCAGAGUUAGGUACUCCAGCUGAUCCCUUCUCAGUAAGCAUUGCAUGAUUGGUUCUUAGAGAAAGUGAAAAAGGUUGUUUCUUGCUCUUGUGUUGUUCUAAGAGUGUCACAAGGCACUGUCAUUGCUGGAGGAGGUGAAUAACAAAGAGUCAAAGAUUUUCAUUGGCAAGAAUAUUUUGGACGGGAGAUGCUCAUUCUUGGGACAAUCUAGGAGUUAAUAACUCUUACACGGGUUCAGGAAAAGAAGCUUUCAGUUUGUGACUGCAAAGUGUCAUCCAAAGUGGUGGUGUAAGAUUAUUUUGGCUUUUUCUUUGCUCAGAAGAUCAUUGCUAGCUCGAAGGUGCUGCAUUGGAAACUUUUAAGGGCAUGCAGAACAAAGCUAGUCUAUGGCAUUGGACACCAUCUCUCCUUUUGCUUGCAGAGUUGAGUAUUUGGCUCUAUAAUCAAGUUUUGGCCAUCAAAUCUAAGAUCUUUUAUAAUAUGGAAUGGAACGAAAACGAGCUACAACAUCUGAGGGUAUAGGCUAGUAUUGAAAUGAAGUAUCACAUAUUUGUUCCAAGCUAAUUGCUUGUAGUUUUUUGUUGAAGGUAUCUUGCAAACCACCACCAUCUUCUCUUCUCUUCUUGUUAUUCCCUUUACGUUUAAGUUAUUUGGCCAUAUUUUUGAUGAAUUGUACUCCCUAGCCUCUGUUAAUUUACUGUUUUAGUUCUGCAGGGGCAUAAUUUGUAGGUCGGUUUUUAGGAGCUUUUAUUCAACAGGAGAAACAAUGGUUGUGCAAUGGGAGCAAACAGAGUCCAGGAAGUGGAUAUCGUUCAUGAAAUAUUCAGUUAUGGCGGUUUGAGAGAUUUGAUGGGCACAAUAUCUUUGGAUAUCCUAAUUAUCAAAGGCACUGUGCAAUUUGUUAGAUAUUAUCUGCUGUUGGGAAAAUUCAGGACUUGAUGAUUCUUCCUUAUGGCUAAGCCAAGCUGAACAUCAAGUUCCCUUAAAGCAAAAGGAGCUUUCAUUCUGAGCCUCCGAACUGUUGGAUGUGCGAUAUUCAGCUCAGCUCGCAAGUUUACUACUUUUUGCUGUUCAAAUUCUUGAUGGAUGUGAUGGUUAUGCUCUUGAUGAAUUCUUAUCUGAAGAGAGAAAACUGGAGUUUGAGAGGCAUCGGAAAAGAGCAAUGGAGUAAUUAAUAACAAAGCUUUCAUUGGACAGACGGUCAGACGCUUCUACGCUUCAGGACUAGGAAUAUAUACAAAAGGCUCGAGUUCAUUCCUGCUGAUUUCUGUAGUCAUGUGCAGCUUCUAUUCUUGCAGUGAGUUAUCCGUUUGUGAGUUGUACCAGUACACAUAGAAGUGUGAUUUUACUUCUUGAAUUUAGCUUGGUAUCAAACAUGAAAAAAGCAGUAUAUAUUUCUCCCCUUAUGUAUAUGAUCUUAAUCUUCAUGCUCCUCUGGCAGAAGCCUUUUCUAAUGAAGUGGCCAACACAAGAUA